UGGAGCAUCGAGCGCCAACUGAGGAAGAGGCUGGAACAAUAGACCACGGGAGGUAAGCGGCGAAGGUGAAGGGCUAAUGAUCCUUAGAGAGAUCUGGAACGAACGACGUGAGGAAAGGGAGAGGAGGCGAGAAGAGGAGGAUCGGCGCGCACGUGAAGAACAGGCCAGGCUGGCGCGUGAGGAAGAAGAACGAAGGUUGGAGCAAGAGGAGAAGCGGGAAGCGGAGAGGGAGGCAAGGCUGGCCCGAAUCAUUCGUGAGCAGAUGGAGGAAUUGGAAGCCAAGAAGAAAGGAGACGCAGCUGGGAUCGCCAGGAGUAAUUGGGAUAAGGUAGAUCCGACUACGAAAGACGGUGAUAAUAGUAAAGGCGGAGAGAGAGAGAGCGACAAUAAGAAGCAGAAUCAAGGUACCUUGGCAGAAGGAUCGGGGAACCCUCCGCGACAGGAAGCAGGCAGGCCCAGGGUGGAAACCACAGCUACUCCUCUCGACGCCGGAUUGAUUCGUAUGGACAUUGACUCCGUGCGUAGGGCGCAGGAAGCGCAAGCCGUGAUGUUCCAAGAAAUGCUAACCUGCUUGCAGGCUAUUCGCGAACAGGGUGCCAGCGCUGCAGCCAAUCCUCCUCCCGUACACCCACCUAUCCCACCUGUGAUGGCACUGGCCCCACACCCUUCUCAAAAUCCUCCCCCUAAUCCUCCUCCACCGACUCCACUGGCUCCACCUCCACCCCCACCUCCACCUCCCCCUGCCACAGCGCCUGCUACCCCGUCUUCUCAUCCUCCUCCACCUCCUUCUUCUCCUCCCCCUCCUCCUUCCGUAUCCAGCCCCAACCUACGUAAUGCAGCAACGGCACCUGGACCGGCCAGAGCGCAGUCCGUUAACAUGGAGACACCGUUAGGCGGUGACUUCUCGGCAAGGCUGGCAGGGAUGUUUGCUUCGGUGGCACACAACACCAGAAGGCGUUCCAGCAGGAUUACCAUUAACGAAGGCGUUGGAUCGCAGGAGCUCGACUUUGACCGGAUCAACAAAGGAAAUAAAGCAGCGGUGGCAGGACCUGGUAAAGAAGGCAGAUGGAAAUACGUGGAGGAUUUGACAGAAGUACUGUUCAACAAGACGAAGCACGAGCUGGAGGAACUGUGUAAGAAAGACAAGAUCAAGUAUGUGAAUAAAAAACUCACCAGCGCUGUGCUGGCUCGUCUGCGGGGCAUCGACGCCUACGGCGAGGAAGAUGGGGAGGAUGAAUCUGAGGAGGAGAUCCAAGAGGAGAAUCCCUCUUAAUGAUCCUUGGUGGCUCCCUCCGCAUGGACGGAUCUAGAAAAAGUAAGGAGUGAGAGACGAAAGGUGGGUUGGCGGGGGAAGGAGGCUCGGGGGUUAGAUCAGCUGAUGCGUU